AUGGGGAUCGUGUCUGCGGGCCGAUCCAGAAGCCCAUGGGCCCGGGCCACGUCCUUUCUGUGGAGCUCGACGAAGCCCGCGGCUAAGGUGGCGAGGAUUGAUAUGAGGAGGCCUAUGGCCAUGCGG